AUGGACGUGGUGAAGGCGGCGCAGCUGUCGGGGCGGACGCUGGAGAAGGUGGUGGUGCACCCGCUGGUGCUGCUCAGCAUCGUCGACCACUACAACCGCGUCGCCCGCGACACCAGGAAGCGCGUCGUCGGCGUGCUCCUCGGCACCUCCUCCCGCGGCGUCGUCGACGUCACCAACUCCUACGCCGUGCCGUUUGAGGAGGAUGACAAGGACCCGAGGAUCUGGUUCCUCGACCAUAAUUACCAUGAGUCUAUGUUCUCCAUGUUCAAGAGGAUCAACGCCAAGGAGCAUGUUGUUGGCUGGUACAGCACUGGUCCAAAACUAAAGGAGAACGACUUGGAUGUUCAUGCAUUGUUUACCAAGUAUGAUUCUGCUCUGCAACCAUUUAUCCCGCACUAUGUUCCUAAUCCUGUCCUGGUGAUUAUUGAUGUUCAACCCAAGGAGUUGGGAAUACCCACCAAAGCAUAUUAUGCUGUAGAAGAGGUUAAAGAGAAUGCUACUCAGAAAAGUCAGAAGGUGUUCGUCCACGUGCCAUCAGAAAUUGCAGCCCAUGAAGUCGAGGAAAUUGGAGUUGAGCACCUUCUGAGGGAUGUGAAAGACACAACAAUAAGCACACUUGCAACAGAGGUCAGCAGCAAGCUUGCAGCCCUGAAAGGACUCGAUGCGAGGCUUACGGAGAUCCGGGGUUAUCUAGAUCUUGUAAUUGAAGGGAAGCUCCCACUGAACCACGAGAUUCUGUACCACUUGCAGGAUGUGUUUAAUCUGCUCCCCAAUCUCAACGUAAAUGAGCUCAUUAAAGCGUUUGCAGUGAAAACAAAUGAUAUGAUGCUGGUCAUUUACCUGUCUUCUCUUAUCCGGAGUGUCAUUGCUCUCCACAAUUUGAUCAACAACAAGAUGCUAAACAAGGAACACGAGAAGGCCGAGGAUUUGAAGCCAGCCGCCGUACCUACUGCAGCCGGGAGCUGA